AUGUACACCUUCGUGGUGCGGGACGAGGGCAGCAGCGUGUACGCCGAGGUGGGCCGGGUGCUGCUGGCCAGCGGGCGGUGGCGGCGCCUGCGGAGGGACAACCCCCGCUUCAACCUGAUGCUGGGCGAGAGGAACCGGCUCCCCUUCGGCAGGCUGGGCCAUGAACCCGGACUCGUGCAGCUGGUCAAUUACUACAGGGGAGCGGACAAGCUGUGCCGCAAAGCAUCUCUGGUGAAGCUAAUCAAGACAAGUCCUGAACUAUCGGAGUCCUGCACGUGGUUCCCCGAAUCGUAUGUGAUUUACCCAACAAACUUGAAGACCCCCGUGGCUCCAGCACAGAAUGGAAUUCGCCAUCUCAUAAACAACACAAGGACGGAUGAGCGGGAAGUCUUCUUGGCAGCUUACAACAGGCGGCGGGAAGGCAAAGAAGGCAACGUGUGGAUCGCCAAGUCCUCAGCUGGCGCCAAAGGGGAAGGGAUCCUGAUUUCUUCAGAGGCUGCAGAGCUCCUGGACUUCAUCGAUGAGCAAGGGCAAGUACACGUGAUUCAGAAAUACCUGGAGAAGCCUCUGCUUUUAGAGCCAGGGCAUCGCAAGUUUGACAUCAGGAGCUGGGUUCUCGUGGAUCAUCAGUAUAAUAUCUACCUCUACAGAGAGGGUGUCCUGCGGACCUCUUCCGAACCAUAUAACAGUGCUAAUUUCCAGGACAAAACCUGCCACUUGACCAAUCACUGCAUUCAGAAGGAAUAUUCCAAAAACUACGGGCGGUAUGAGGAAGGGAAUGAAAUGUUCUUCGAGGAGUUCAACCAGUAUCUGAUGGAUGCCCUGAACACAACGCUUGAGAAUAGCAUCUUACUGCAAAUCAAACACAUAAUAAGAAGCUGCCUUAUGUGUAUAGAGCCUGCAAUCAGCACGAAGCAUCUUCACUACCAGAGCUUCCAGCUCUUUGGCUUUGACUUCAUGGUGGAUGAGGAGCUGAAGGUCUGGCUGAUAGAAGUCAACGGGGCCCCGGCGUGUGCCCAGAAGCUGUAUGCCGAGCUCUGCCAAGGAAUUGUGGAUGUAGCCAUCUCUAGCGUUUUCCCCCUCAACGACACUGGGCAGAAGGCGAGCCAGCCAUCCUCGAUCUUCAUCAAGCUGUGAUGACGGCAGGAAUGCCUCUGCUGUGCGCAGGGAGAGACUGCACCCAUCGGGUCAGCACAGUGCGGUGGCUUAUCUCGGUAAAGAGACAGGCUUCUGAUUUUCUGGGAAAUGGCGGGGGAAAACAACAAAACAGGCAUCCGCACAGAGCUGCGAUGAGCUGAGAUAACUGCCUGCAUUCACCAAAACCCACUUUAGAAAGAGCUCGUGUGACUUUGAGACCUGAAACAAAUCUCUCUGGGAGAACAACGAAAUAACCUUAAAACGAAACCCCAACAGGGAUCCUGUAACGCUCGAUUGGCUCCUCCUGUCUAUAGAGGUAACAUUGGGGUUUUUAAGGGAAUUGAGCGAAGAGAACGAUGAUCUUCCGGGUCAUCGUGGCUGCGAAGUUGUCCUCCUCCCGCUGUGUUUCUUCUUUCCUCACCUACUGCAUCGUUAGUGCCUUAGCUCAGCUCCAAACAGGUGACUCCUGUCCUUUGCUCCUGCUCUGUGCCGUAGAAAGGAGCAAGCUCUCCUGCAUCGCAGGAUGCCUGAAACCAGGAACACCAAGAAUCCAGUUUCCUUGGGUCAUUCCCAAGCUGGUUGGGUGAACACCCAGGCAGUGGCUGGCAGAAGGGUGCUGAACUGCGGGCGGUGAAUUAACACAAGCAAGGAAGGCGAUUUUCUUCAUUUAGAGCUAUCCCUUUUCCUAAUGAGAUUUGAAUCGGUGUCCGUCUCAGUCUGCAGUUGGAGUCUGUGUAAAAGACCCCCUCGGGGCUCACCGGAGGGCUGCGGGAUUUCUGGCACCGCCUUUGUGCUAAGCGUGUUUCACAUAGCAGAAACCCCAUCUCCUCGCUUUCUUCGAGAGGCUGCAGUGAAUUUAGGCUCUUCUCAGCUUUCACCUUUGUGCGUUUGAGGUUUGAACCUGAAACCUUCCAACCCAAAUGAUUUUUAUCCCAUUUGAUCCAGCCAGUUUUAUUCUCCUCCGUUCAUACCACAGUUCUCCUCCACAAAUACCGCGGUUUUCUGCCCUGAACGCGGUCCGCAGCUCGGUCCCAGCUCGGGCGGAAGGCGGGUCAGGUUUUGUAGACCAGGAGAGCGGUUCCUUCCGUAUCGGUUUGCCACACAGCUGGGAAGACAGAUCUUUUUGGGGGUAGGGGAGGUUAAAUUCCUUGAGGUCUCCGAAUUUCAGAGCUAACAUCUACUUGGAGUAGCACCUAAGUCCCUGGCGCAUUGCCCGCCCUGUGAAGUGUAUCUGAAUUUUCAGCGUGAGCCCAGCGCAUCCCUCCUAAGGUAGAGCUCUUUGCAGAGCGCGGCGUAAGAGCGGCCGGCGUUCUGGGGGGCGUUCCGGGCUGUUUCCGCUGCCUCUGGCAGGGGGAGAUGGUUGGCACUGAAAUAAACCCGCUCCCGUUACCCAAAACAAACCAAGGAGAAGAGAUUGUGAAGGUUACAAGCUGCUGGCUGCCGGUGUGUAAUGGGAAGUGAAUCAAGCAAUGGGAUUUCUGCCUCCCCCAGAAGAUCCUAGCGCUUUGGCAUACUCCUCUCUGCUCGUGACGGAGAUUUCGGAAGUCUUCGUGCCCGCGGACGAUGCUGGCGCCUUUCCGUAGGCAGGACUGAAGUGCUCAGGCCUCCUUGGAGUGAUGCGUUUUGAUCGUGCUGUCAUGGGACGGUCGUUCGUUGCGACACGCUGCGAAUCCACCGUUUCACACGGGGCCGCUCCGAUCCGGGAGGGAACAGAGCGCUCAGCAAAACCCCGCGGAAGCAUCACAGGGCGCAUCCCAAAGAGCCGCACAGGCACCUCUGAAGUCGCCAACGCCCCGAAGCGCAGCUUGGAGCCGCGUCUGCAGGGAGCGUGGCGGGCGCAGGGCGCGCCGAGAAGCGACGGGGAGCAGGAGCUGUGUGAAAACGGGGCUGCAGCUGCGUUCCCCCGCGCCGCAGGCGCUGGCGGGUGGCUUCGCUUCCAGCGGGACCCCGAGUGCCGGGGCGGGUCUCUGGAUUUGGGCCUCCUGGGUGCUCACAAGAGGGACCGUGACCGCGUCGGUUCGUGAGACGGGAGGCGCUGAGCUGGGAGAGGGGUGGGGGGAAGGACCGGUUGGGGUUUUUACCCUUCGAAUAGCGCGUGGGGGUCAGAAUGACACCUUUUUUCCCCGCGAAGGGAUGCUGUGAGCCAUCGCUCCGGUCCAGGACGUGCCUGGGGUGACGCUGGGCUCUCGCAAGCCCUAGGGCAGGCGAGAGCAGAGCGCGAAGUGAGAGGAUUCUCCCCAUCGUAACGAGACGAGAAGCGCUCGUUUUCUGGGGUGCUAAACCCGUCCUCCUUUUCCCCUCAAAAGGGAAAGCAAAGAACUGAAUCGCUCCCUUACAGCGCAGUAACGUGAGAUUCCUGCCGACGGAGUGGGAGAAGGGCAAGAAACCGCCCGGGUGUCCGCAAAAGGAGUGGCUCCUGCCGGAGCAGCCGGUGCUGCCGGGAGGAGCAGUGACUCGGGAGCCUCCACCUAACUCCAAGGCCUUUUCGUCCCCCUUUUUCACCCCGGAUUACGCUGUGGCACGUCGGCAGCCGGACGGUUUUGCCGCUCAGCUGGAAGUGGGGCUUCAGCUUGAUGGUAGAGCCACGACCGCAGGCGACGCAGCUAUUCACACCCUACCUUUUCGCCUGGGCUCGGGGGAGAGUCGCUGGCUUCUUUGCGGGAUUUUUCAGGAAUACGCAACAGCCUCUGGAGGAAAACGGGAGGUAUCGCCUGUAUUUACCAAGUGCUCCCCGGGGUAAAGCCCAGGAGGUGAGUGAUGAAGGACGGAGAGCGCAGUGCCUAAGGUCUUGCCCAAAAUAUUAGCUCCGAGGUGGAGUAGAGGAUGCGUGUGCGGCUGAGCCCGAGCGUUGCAGCCAUGGGCGCACCUUUUGCAAGCGAUGCUCUUGUGAGACUUUCGUUUGUUUCUUUUUUUUUUUGGGAAUACACAACAAUAAAUGUUUUCUAGCUUACUUCAGCUAAAAGGUCGACGGGAAGGGUCUUGCUCCCUUUCCCCAGCUCUCGCAGAGGACAGCGCCGGCUUUCCAGAAGACACCUGCCACGCUGCGGAAUGUCUCUAGUCGUAGUUGUAUCCCUCCCUGUCAGCCGUGAAGGAUUUCAGGCCCGCGUGUUCUGGCUGUGUUUCCCAGCGGGGUCUGGUCCCACGGGACUCUGCCUUUCAGGGAACUCCCGCGUGGCUUCUCUCGUACCACGUUAGUCGUGAUGACCGUGCAACAGCUAUUCUGCUCCUGCUGAAAUCCGGUGCCCGGCCACAGCCCGCGGAAAACGCCGAACUCUAGGAAAGGCUCAAAAGCCGCUUCAUCCAAGUGGCCUGGCUUCCCAGCCCUGCUGUGACCGGCGCCCUCCAGGACCGCCUGCAUGUCCCCGCUCCCCGCGUUUCUUCUUCUCCCCCGGGAGAGCUGCGCUGUGCCAUACGUAGGGUCAUAAUCGUCUCUCGUUCCCGGUCUCCGCUACGGCAGCCCUCAGAGAACCCGGGGUUGAGAGGAUGGUGGGGCACGUGCGGGGCUGCGGUUCGUGUCCCCCGCUGCUCUCGCGUCAGCGUGUGCGUGGGGGGCCGGCGGGCGCCUGAGCUCGGGGCUCUCCGGCGACUCUAUCCGCAUCUCUCCUAAACCAUCAUUAAAACACGCAAACCCCACA